AUGUUGAUCACUCAGCCUCUAGUCAUCAGCAUCCCCGUGCUCAAGAUCCCUCUCCUGAUCUCCUCGGCCAUAUCUUUCUACGGUUCAAUGACCCAUCCACGCACCAACGCACCACCAGGGCGCGCGUCGUCCGUCGACGUCGCUCGAAUGGACUUUCUCACCAGAACCAUGGAUGCCCAGGUUCCCCUCAUCACAAUGUACAAGUACAUCGUCUGCGGGCUGGCCCUAGCAGAGGCGGCCCUCCUCGCUGCUUACCUCGCUCCCCCAAACCCGGUCUCUGGCGCCAUCAUCGCUCUCCUAGGCACAGGUUCUGCGCCAUCUUCCCUCCGCCCUUCCUCCACUUCGGUCCUCGGCCUGGUCUGCACCACACUCGGGGGACAGAUCCGCAUAUGGGGCCAACGCGCGCUCGGGAAACACUUUACGUGGAAGGUCGGCGUGCAGGACGAUCACGAGCUCAUCACCGGCGGUCCAUACUCCGUCGUCCGGCACCCGGGCUACGCCGGUGGGCUGCUCAUGCUCGCCGGGACGCUGGCGUACGUCUUCGAUCCGGCGUCGUACCUCGUCGUCUCGAAGUGGGCGCAAAUGACAGUGGGCAGAGGGACGGGGACGUGCGUGGCGAUCUGGGUGCUGCAGUUCGCGAUGCUCGUGCUGCAGAGGGUGGGAGAGGAAGACAGGAUGUUGUCGGAGAGAUUUGGCGAGCAGUGGUCGGGAUAUGCUGCGCGCGUUCCGUAUCGCCUCGUCCCGUUCGUGUACUAG